CCUCGCACUUCCAAACACUCGCCAUGGAAGCUCACAAGACGGCAGUUGAGGCCGUCGCUGCGCAGGUCAAGCAAUUCCACGCUCGUCAACAACCCUUUCGCAUUUACCAUGGCUCCACCAAUUCCACGCGCAAGUCGCAACACCACGUGCACAACACCAUCAGCACUGCCGACCUGAACCAUGUGCUGCACGUCAACGAAGUCGCAAAAACUGUGACCGUCGAGCCUAACGUGCCGAUGGACGCCCUCGUGGCCGCCACGCUCCAGCACGGCCUGGUGCCGCUGGUGGUUAUGGAAUUCCCCGGCAUCACUGCGGGGGGCGGCUUUUCCGGCACAUCCGGCGAGAGCAGUUCCUUCCGCCACGGCUUCUUCGAUGCCACCGUGCUCCAGAUCGAGAUCGUGAUCCCCAACGGCGAGAUCCGGUCUGCCUCACGCACCGGCCCGGGUGCCGAGCUCUUCUGGGGCGCCGCCUCGGCCUUUGGCACGCUGGGAGUCGUCACGCUGCUGGAGAUCCAGUGCCGGCCCGCCUUGCCCUACGUCGAGCUCUCCUACAUCUCCACCCGCAGCAUGCCCGAGGCCAUGGAGGCCAUCCGCGCCGCCACCGCCGAUGCCUCGGUGGAGUAUCUCGACGGGAUCGUGUUCGCCAAAGACCACAUCGUGAUCUGCGCGGGCAAGUUGACCGACGCGCAGCCUGCAUCAUCAGCACCACCAACAUUGCAGCGCUUCACCCGCCCCCACGACCCGUGGUUCUACCUCCACGCGCAGCACCGCGCGCCUCGUCUUGCACAAACCCCGUCAUCACCACCGAAAGACUACAUCCCGCUACAGGAUUACCUCUUUCGCUACGACCGCGGCGCCUUCUGGACCGGCCGCUACGCCUACUCCUACUUCCUCACCCCCUUCACCCACCUCACCCGCUACCUGCUCGACUCCUUCAUGCAUACCAGGGUCAUGUACCACGCCCUGCACCAGAGCGGUCUCGCCGCGCAGUACCUGAUCCAGGACGUCGCCGUGCCAUACCCGGCCACCACAGAGUUUGUGGAGUGGCUGGACCGUCCGGAGCAUUUCGGCCAUUAUCCGAUUUGGUUGUGUCCGUUGCUGGUCAGGUCGGAUGGUGGGGGGUUGAUGAUUUCGGGGAAGCCGCCUUCUCCUCCUGCUGCUGCUGCUGCUGCUGCUACUACUACUAAUCCCCCAUCCACCACAUCCCAACCCAACGACAACGAUAACGACAACGAUGAAAAAUACCUCCUCAACUUCGGCCUCUGGGCCCCCUCGCCCUACCGCGGGGAAGCCUUCAUCCACCAAAACCGCCGACUCGAGCACAAAGUGCAAGCCCUGGGGGGCAAGAAGUGGUUGUACGCUCAUACCUAUUACACGGAGGACGAGUUCUGGAAGAUAUAUGACUGGAGAUCUUAUCAGGGUCUCCGCGAGAAGUAUCAUGCCGGAUAUUUGCCGGAUUUGUUUGAAAAGGUGCGAGUGCGGUUGGAGGGGAGCACCGAGGAGGGGUGGGCGAGGUGGGCGAGGGGGAUGGUAGGGCGGGUGUGGCCUGUUAGGGGUUUGUAUGGGGUGUGGAGGGCUUGGUGGGGAGGGGAGUAUUAUUUGAAGGGUUGA